GGCAAAGCAUCCCAUAUAACUCAAAAACCAAAAGAAGAUUUUGCACAUCUGAGACGCAAAGAAGCCGAGGGUGAGUGUGACCCAAGAAAAUUGCACCACCAAUAUCCCCAAGAGUUUUCUCAAGUAUCCUGAAAAAACCUAUAUAAAUGAAAGAGGAAGACUCCCCAACCCAUGUGCAUCUGGUCUGCAGACCAAAUACCAAUCUCUUCUCGUUCAGUAGAGCUUGGUCACCUCUCUAGUCAUUCAUGGCCGAACAACGACAGCCGUUCCGCUUCCGCAUCCCAUGGCUUUCAGGGACUUCCUCCGCUUCCCGUGCCACGACAGGAACCCAACCCCCUCGCCCCCCGAGUGGAAGUGCGGCCCCUUCCCAGCCCACGGCUGCCACUUCUGUUCCCCGUCCACCGUUUAGACCUCCUGUAAUAGCCGAAUCACCGCCACCAUCUCCACCUCCACCUCCACCUCCACCUCCACCUCCACUGCCGCCUCCGCCCCCCCUCCCCCCUCCCAGUCCACCUACAGCCCGAGUCCCAAUGCCGCCAAGGCCAUUAUCUCCACCGCAAUCUCCACCAAUACCACGUGCAGCUCCAGAACCCGCCGUCACUCCUAAACUCGAAGAGCCAACCCUAGCGGCGGGUCGACCACAAGCCGCAUUCUCGCCACUGAGGCAGUUUUCAGCAGUGCCCCAAAGUCUGCCUACCUCUCCCCAAGUCCAAAAGCCGCCCGAGGUGACGUUCCAACCGCAAUUGCCGAUUCUUGUGUCCCCCGUAGCUACCGCUGCUUCUCAGCCGACAACACCAACGCCGGCAAGCCCUCAACCAAAAGCCCCGUUCUUGCCUCUGUCGCCUUUGCCCAAAACUUCACCUCGUGAACCUUUCCUGCCCCCUUCAGGAGAGGAAACAAUGGCUGAACCUCAACCUUCUCUGUUGGCUCCCGAGCCGCCCAAAGAAACAUUGCCACAACCCUCUUCUCCAGCUCGGAUGGCAAUUCCGCCGCUCCCAGAAUCGGCAUCUUUGCCUCCACCGCUUGCUCAAAAGAGCUUGCCGCAAUCUCCCAUUUCUCAACCGCCACUGGAACCUCCACCUAAAGCAGAAAUCAAAGACGAAAGUAUCUCCAGGCCUGGAAAUGACUAUGCCAUCAAGGCUCCAGCAAAGCGUGAUGCAGCACCGAUGCAGGUGGCCCCUCUCACCACAAGCGCAACUGCUGACAUAGGCCAGAUUGAGCCACCAGCCCAGCCGGAGAGACUCGAUCCCAUGAGUGCGAGAGGGGUUCACCCCGGUCUGUCAGGUAAAGUAUCAGAAGAAGCCAAGGAAGCGAAGAGCGACGGGGAACAAUUCCCGAAACAAGAAAGGAUUAGAAGCCAGGACAGCGAAGAAACGCUCCAGGGCACACCAACAGCAGGAUUAAGGCUAGAUACGCAAACCAGAGAGCCACCAACUGUUGCAUCACCAGAAGAGCAGAAGCAGAAGCAAGAAACUCCCGAGGUGUCAUCAGCGACAACCACUCCCGGAGAGCAGAAGCAGAAGCAGAAGCAGAAGCAAGAAACUCCUGAGGUGGCAUCAGCGACAACAGCUCCCGGCUCUCGUGGAAAGCACGCUAAAGCUCUCAAAAGCACACAAUUUCCUAGAGGAAGGCACAUGGUUAGUGAGUCUCAUGACAAACCUGUUGCAUCCAUAGAGGACCAAUCUUCCUUACACAAAGAGAUAAGGGAAGAGAUAUCGAAGCUAGUUCACAAGUUGAAGACCGGGCAAACGGAGAAGACCCCACAUGAUAAGCUGAUCAGCAUAACAACCAUGGCGGGUGAGAACAGAGGAGCGUUGAUGCAGUUAACUUCGGAGUCGGCCAAAAAGGAGGGGUCAAUUCCCAUCCACCGCGAUUACAAGUCCGACCCGGAUGAGACCCUUGAAGCCACCACCGAUGCGGGGGGGUCAUCGGAGCAAGAAAGGCAACAAGGCCCGCAAACUGAACGAGAACCCGGGGCAGAGGCUUUCAUUAACAGCAAUGUCCAAACUGUCAUCAACUCCAUGGUGUUCGAGAGCUCGAUUUCCGAGAGGAACCCCGGCGUUCAGGUGGAGCUCUCUCUCAGCAAUGCAGAAGAGGUCGAGCCGAGCAAUCAGACCGACACCCCAGAGACGCACAAGGCUGAAUUUAGCCUCACUCCAAGCGAGACGCUUACCUAUGAACCCACCAUAAAGCGAAGGUGCCUGAGAGGCCUCUUCCUAGAAUCAGGCGACUCGGACCCUGAUAAUCCCGCCAAGCCUCGGCGUCAUGGCUGCCGUUACAGCUGCGAGGGGACAACCAAAGAGAAAGAUGCCAACGUGGCCGAACCGCGCUCUACCCCUUGACUGAGACAGGCGCACCCCAUCAAAAAAGAAUACAAUACAAGUGAUGUAAAUAAGACAUGGACAAUAAGCAUGCAGAAUCUGCUCCUGAUUCAUGCAAUGUAUCGGUAUAGAUCACAAGCCGAGCGACUCUGCGUGUAUCAAUCAUAU